GUUGUCCUUAAUCCCAGCCUCCGCCGGGCUUCCCUCCCGGUGCAGCUCUGGCUGUGGGGACCCUGUUCGCCCCCGGGAGGGGGCCUCCGCCCCCGGUGUCUCCUUUGCCCCCACCUUGGUGAGAAGGGGGUGCUUGGGAAGGCCCCUGGAAAUCGGCUUGUGCAGCAUGCUUGCCGAAGGGGACAGGGUCAAAGGUGGAAGGCUUCGGGCUGGCCACAGAGAAUGAGGGGGCUGGACCCAGGAUUGGGAAGCUGAGGACGUGGCCCGCUCAGACCACGGCCAGGAUGACCCUACCUAGGUGGGAAGCUGCAGCUUUGAGAAGACUGCCGAUUUCAGGCGGAGCUCUGUGUCCGGCCGGGGCACACAGCGGGCAUCACCGCCCUGGCGCCUCUGUUGCAGGCUCUCCGCAGAACUUUCUGCGCCUCGUGACGAGAAACCCCGAUUCCCGUUCAGCCCUUUCUUUCUCUGGGCUGGCUUCGCUGCGAUUUGGGGCUCUUGCUUCAGUGACAAAGGGGACAGUACCAUUCCUUUCCAAGAAACCAGAAACUAUUAUCCAGCGCGGAAGGGUCCUUGGCUAAAACCUGGAAGGGGCUUGACUAGCGGAAGAGAAGACCAUUUGCUCUUCUUCCUAGUUCUGAAAUAGAAGAUGUCUGCAGACAGUAAAAGCACCCCGGCUACGGAGAGCAAGGAGAAAACCCGUGAGGUCCCAGGUGAUGGGCCACGCUGUGGAGACGUGCUGUCUGGGCAGGAGGACAGAGUGCCCUUGGGAGCCUCUCCGGAGUCAACACAUGUUAAGGCGGAGGCAGAAGAGUCAAGCCCUGAGGGUGCAGCACAGGGCAAGGCUCCAGGAACACAGGGCUGGACGCCCCCAAAUCCUGCUUCUAAGGACAAAGCCCUGUUCCUGCCCGGUGGAGCUCUUCCCUCACCCUGGAUUCCUGUACUUUCCCGAGGGGGAAGGACCAGAGAACGACAGAUGGCUGCAGCACUCCUCACUGCCUGGUCCCAGAUGCCGGUGACCUUUGAGGAUGUGGCUCUGUAUCUCUCCCGGGAGGAGUGGGGAAGGCUGGACCACACCCAGCAAAACUUCUACCGGGAUGUCCUGCAGGGAAAGAACGGGCUGGCUCUGGGAGCUGUGGAAAUGGGGAAGGGGGUGCCAACCCUGUCUGCGGCCACCUUAGAGGAUGCGAAACCCUUACGGACGAGGGCCAGGUGGGCCGCGGGGCAAGACCCGCAGUGUGGCCAGCCGGUGACUGGUGGCCCGGGUGCGAAGCUGGCUGGAGAUCUCGGGGAAGGCGGGCCGCCGAAGGCCGCCCCAUCCGACCCACAUCCCCUUGAGGCCCCAGACGACAGCGGCCCCGAGAGGCCCGGUGAGGCAAAGGCCGGCCCGGAGAGCGGCGACGUGGGCAGGAAGGCGUACCGGUGCGAGCAGUGCGGCAAGGGCUUCAGCUGGCGCUCGCAUCUGGUGGCGCACCGGCGCACACACACCGGCGAGAAGCCCUACACCUGCACGGACUGCGGCAAGGGCUUCGGCCGCAGCUCGCACCUCCUCCAGCACCAGAUCAUCCACACGGGCGAGAGGCCCUACACCUGCCCGGCGUGCCGCAAGAGCUUCAGCCACCACUCCACGCUGAUCCAGCACCAGCGCAUCCACACGGGCGAGAAGCCCUACGCGUGCGACCGCUGCGCCAAGCGCUUCGCCCGCCGCUCGGACCUGGUCACGCACCAGGGCACGCACACGGGCGCCAAGCCGCACGAGUGCCUGCUCUGCGGCAAGCGCUUCACGCAGAGCUCCGCCCUGGGGACGCACCAGCGCACGCACACGGGCGCCAAGCCCUACCCCUGCCCCGACUGCGGCAAGCGCUUCAGCCAGCGCUCCAACCUCAUCGCGCACACCCGCACGCACACGGGCGAGAAGCCCUACCCCUGCCCCGACUGCGGCAAGCGCUUCGGCCACAGCUCGCACCUCACGGCCCACCAGCGCACCCACCGCGGCGUGCGGCCCUACCCCUGCCCGCUCUGCGGCAAGCGCUUCAGCCGCCGCUCCAACCUGCACCGCCACGAGAAGAUCCACACCUCCGGGCCCAAGGCCCUGGCCGUGCUGGUGCUGGGGGCGGCGGCGGCGGGGGCGCUCGGCGCGCCCCCACUCGCGCCCACCUAGAUGCCGAGGGAGCUGGGACUCGCCCCUCCCCCCCAUUCUAGGGCCCCGGAAGGACGCUGGGUCUUAGCCAGUGGGGUGGACCCGGGUGAAGGCGGGAGCUGAGAGGUCCCAGUGCUGGCGCCAGGUGGCUCGUGGUGAGGUGGGAGGAGCCAGGGCGAGAAGGCGGGCGCUCCAGCUGCAGAUUAAAGGUCUUGGAUUUCAAGCGGUGGCUCUUGCUCUGUCUGCCCGGUGCCUGAGCUGAUCCCUGAGCACCGGCCGGGUAACCGAGUCCCCAUUUGGCCCGAGAAUCAGAGUCUGUGUCACAGGCCUAUUCCAGAACGUUAGGACCUGUUUCAAAGACGAGUUUUUGUGGUGGUUGGUAUCGAUGGACGCGUGUGGGGCACACACAUCUCACACUGGUUGAGAUCAGGGGACGACUGGUGGAUUGCUCCUCUACACGUGGCUCCCGGGCAUGGAACUCACGGUGUCAAGCUUGGUUGGCAGUAGGUGUCUUUACCUGCUGAGCCAUCGCAUCCUGUUGUUAUUGUUCUAUUUUGUUUGUGUAGCGAAGAGCAGCAUGAAAGCAGCCGUGCUCCUUGCUUCCACCUCUGGGUGCUGAGAUCAUAGGCGUAAACCACCCAGCCCAAACUCGGGGCCAGAAGUCUGUCCACAAAGGCUUCUGACUCAGGUUUCCCAGCCGAAAGACAGCCGGGCAGGGGUCCCUUCAGCUCCGUCAUGUCCCACAGGCCCUUGGCACACGCUGAGCCCUGGCCUCUCCUGCCUCCUGCUGUGGGAACCGGGAACAGGGCCUCCUGGGCACUCGCACGCGGGGUGUCUGUCCAAGCACUGCCCAGGCCCCUGCCUCCUGGCUACCUCCUUUCAGCCCCGCCAGGGAAAAAUUCCUCAUGCCCAGGGGCCGCCGCCUCCUCUCAGGCGUUCUGCAGCUGGCCAGCUCGGUUGCUUCUCAGCCUCCUCCGUAUCCGCCGUUUGUAGGUGCUGUAUCCUCCUGCUCGGUUUUGAACAAAAGUUCUGGCUUUUAACCUCUAUAGCGUUUAUUCCCAUUUGCUCCUUUUUUGUUUGUUUGUUUUUGGAGGGGGGUUCAAAACAUGAUUUCUCUCUAUAGCUUUGACUACACAGAGACUUGAUUUGUAGACCAGGCUGGCCUCAAAUUCACAGAGAUCUGCCUGCCUCUGCUUCCCAGAGAUUGUAGACAUGUACAUCCUGUCUGGUUCAUUUGCUUCCCUCCCGCCUUUUUUUCCUCUAAUUUAUUUAACUUUUAUUUUAUGUGCAUUAGUGUGAAGGUAUCAGAUCCCUUAGAAUGGGCAUUACAGACAGUUGUGAGCUGCCAUGUGGGUCCUGAGAAUUGAACCCUGGUCCUUUAGGAAGAGCAGACAGUGCUCUUAACCACUGAGCCAUCUCUCCAGCCCCCAUUUGCUCCUUUAUUAAAGGCACUAUGGCCAGGUCUCUAACCUGUAAGGCUUCUGUUCCCAUGCGUGUCUAAGAAAUGUGUUCUGCAUUUUAUUUUAUUUUAUUUUAUUUUAUUUAUUUAUUUUAUUUUUAUUUAUUUUAUUUUUAUUUAUUUAUUUUAUUUAUUUUAUUUUUUUUAAAGAUUUUAUUUAUUAUUUUUACAACAUUCUACCUGCACACCAGAUCUUACUGUAAAUGGUUAUGAGCCACCAUGUGGUCACUGGGAAUUGAACUCAGGACCUUUGGAAGAACAGAGAGUGUUCUUAACCUCUGAGCCAUCUCUCCAGCCCUUCAGGGCCAUUUUAAAAGAGUAAGACACGCUCAGCUUUCUGCAGGGCUUGAAGCCUGGCCAUGUGCGCCCCUGGAGGUGGAUGUGCUGCCUGGGGCGGAGGCAGGCCUCGGAGGGCUCUGCACGGGCUAGCCGGAAGGACUGGCUGAUUGAGAUGGUCAUUUAGGGCUGGAGAGAUGGCUCAGCAGUAAAAGCUGCUCUUCCCCAACCCCCAGGCAGGGGUCUGCCGCUGCCUUCAGGACUCUGCAGGCGCCUGCACACGUAAUUACCACACAGCUCACACAUAAUUAAAAAUGUUAAAGCUUCUUUUAAAAAGAUGUUCUAUUUAGCCAGUGGUGGUAGCACACACCUUUCAUCCCAGCACCUGGGAGGCUGAGGCAAUGGACCCUUGAGUUCAAGGCCAGCCUGGUCUACAGAGAGUACAGCCAGGGCUACACAGAGAAAUCCUGCCUCGGAAGAGGAGCUAUUUCGUUUAGACAGGAUCUCAGGUAGCUGAAGUUGGCCUGGAACUCAGGGUAGCCAAAGCUGACCCCGAACUACUGCUCAUCCUGCCUCUGCCCCACGAACGCAUGCGAUGUGCUCUACCACACCUGGCUGACUGGUUAUUUCUAAGGGGCCAGGAAGCCAGACUGCUACCCCCAGCUUGUCUGAGUGCCGGCUUCAGCCAGCAGAGGCGUUUCUCUGUGUGCUCUCAGGGCUUCUCACUGGAGGCAGGGACUGCUUGCAAAGACUUGUUAAAAUUCACGCGAACCCAGCAUGCUGACUCGAUGGCACAGUGGGUAUUGUCUGACUUCCGAUCCUCAGGCUGUGAGCUGGGUGCAUUUUGGGUGUGUGGCCGGCCACCCACGGGGAUGGAUUGCACAGGAGUACUUCGCAAGAAAGCGGCACCUUUGCAAAACAUUUAACAAGGAAAAAAACGAGACCAAGUGCCUCGAAUGUUGGGGUGAAGGUAACUGAUGGAUGAUGGAUGGUGGAUGAUGGAGUUCCGGGAAAGGAGGGGAAGCCUGAGUAGGGUCCUGAUGUCCGAGCGCCUGGUUUGCUAGUGUGCUUUUGGGAGCAGAGCGGUCCAGCGGAGGUGGAGGCGUGGACACAGCUCUGCGCUAGGAACAGGAGUCCGACUCUGCUUUCCACACUGGAGGCCCAGCCCCGUCGGUUGCCAGGGAGGUGGGCGCAGAAACACCAGCCGAUCACCGCCGGAGCUAUUCCCCCUCCCACACUGAGCCGCGCGGUUCAGGCUACGGGCUACUGUUCACAAAUGAGGCUUGGUCCGCCCAGGACCCGCGGUCUGUGUUCGCUGGCUCCCUCUAGCCGCCUCGCCUAGCUGGGGCUCUGAGGGCUGUAGCCCUGGCUGGCUUGGACCGCGCAGACCAGGCUGAACUAGAACUUCAGUGAUCUCCAGCCCCUGCCUGUCACGCCCUGGGAUUCCCGCUGUGUGCCACUAGACCCAGUUAAACAUUUUUGAUUCAUAUAUAUUUUAAAUUUUGUCUUCUCACGGCUUGUGCAUUUUAAUGCAGGAUGUGUAUAUUUAUAUUAGAGUGUGACAUAGUUAAAAACAAACCGGCUGAUUAUAGAAAUAUACAUUUAUUUCCUAGGAAGUGGUAGCACACACCUUUAAUCCCAGCACUAGGGAGGCAGAGUCAGGCGGAUCUCGGAGUUUGAGGCCAGCCUAUCCAACAGAGCAAGUUCUAGGACUGCCAGGGCUAUACAGAGAAACCCCGUCUUGGAAAAAAAAAUUAUAUUUUUAUAAAAUAUAUAAAAUUUAUAAAAAUAUUUAUUCCAAGGUGGCUUUUCCCUUCAUUUAUUUAUUUACUUACUUACUUACUUAUGUUUUUCGAGAAAAGGUUUCUCUGUGUAGCCUUGAUUGUUCUUGAAUUCACUCUGUAGAACAGACUGACCUUGGACUCAGAGAUCUACCUGCCUCUGCCUUCCAGGUGCUGGGAUUAAAGGUAUGCACCACUGCCACCACCUGGCUCCUCCUCUUUCUUUUUUCUUUCAUUAUUAUUAUUAUUAUUAUUAUUAUUAUUAUUGACAGGGUAUCUCUACAUAGUCCUGACUGUACUGGAACUCACUAUGUAAACCAGACUGGCCUUGAACUCACAGAGAUCUGCCUGCCUCUGCCUACUAAAUGUUGGGAUUAAAGGCAGCAUUUUCCGUUAUUGAUUAUUAAAGUUUAAUAUGGAUUUCUCUUUUA